AUGGGUUCGAGUUCAAAAUUCUACGUUUCAGUCUCAAAAGACUAUGUUGUGAAUAUGUUAAGAGAGUCAUUUCAAUGCCUUACCAUUAUCCUCCUCAGCCUUCUCCUUCCUCUCUCCUUUAUUGUCCUCGCUAGGCUGUCAGUUACUCGUUAUCUCAUUGCCACAUCAGAUUACACGGAGCCCAAUACACUACUUGUCAAGCUCUUUCUCUAUGCAAAUCCUAUAUUUCUUCGUCUACUAACUCCACUUGUCACCAUUUCUGCUUUGACUCAAUGCUUGACAGGACGAACUCUAACUGAUCACAUCAUGAUUUCAAAGUCUCAUCUUUAUAUGUCGUGGUUAAUACUUUUCACAUUUCAAAUUUGUGUGAGCAUAGGCAUAGAAGGAAGUAUAGCUGUUGGAAUAGAUGGUAGUACUAGUUUUAGUCACCAAAGAUUAUAUUUAUUGACGAGAAGUAUGUUUUUCAUGGGAUUGCAUGAGACAACGUUGUUUUGGUCCAAGAAAGUAGUGAAACCUGUGGUUGAUGACACAAUUUUUGGCGUUGAGAAGGAGGAUAGGUAUGUUGAGAAGGUGGCUAUGGCAAUGAGUUUUGGUAUUUUGUGGUGGUGUAAGUUAGGGGAUGAAGUUGAGUCUUUAGUGGUUGUGGCUGAGAUGAAAAGAGACUUAUUUGGUAGUGUUGGUUUGGUUGAUUUUGUUGGUUGGUGGUUGUAUUAUGUGACUGUGGCAAUUGGUAUGGUUAAGGUUGUGAAGGGACUAAUUUGGCUAAAUUUUGUGUUGUUUUGUGGGAAUAUGGUGGUUGGUUCAGACAAUGCAGGCUCUUGUACAAGAAAUGAUGAAAAGGUCUAA